AUGCCGUUUGAUCAAAACAUCCUCCGCGCCCGCUUCUGCUAUGCCCUCUCCGAAAUGUACAAAACCGAAGUCCCAUUAUACGGCGACUUAGUCGAUCUAGUAUACGAAGCAGAUACAACGGCGCUCAAAGCUCAAAAGUCAUACUGCAAAGACACUUGCAACCAGCCCAUCGACCCAGAUACGAUCCUCCCCUCCCGAAACCGCGUCGAAAGACACGGCGCAAUCCGCCUCGGUAUACCACAUGAAUUGUCCACCAUCCGCCGCAUGUUCGGAAUCAUGGGCAUGUAUCCAGUGGGAUACUAUGAUCUUAGCAUUGCAGGGUUCCCGAUGCAUGCGACUGCGUUCCGGCCGAGGAAGAGGGAGGCGCUUGAUAAGAACCCAUUUCGAGUAUUUACGACACUGCUUAGGAUGGAGUUGUUGACAAAGAGGACUAGACAAUUAGCGGUUCGAGCACUGGGGCAGAGAAGAAUUUUUACGGAGAGGUUGGUUGAACUUCUUGAUCUGGUUGAGGAGCGAGGGUUGUUGAGUGAGGAGGAAUGUGAGGAGUUUAUCAAAGAAGGACUGGAGACUUUUCGUUGGCACUCGCAGGCAACAGUGACGUUAGAAGAGUAUCAGAUUCUAAAGAAUGAGCAUCCACUGAUUGCUGAUAUCGUCUCGUUUCCGAACUGUCACAUCAACCAUCUCACACCGCGGACAAUCGAUAUCGACCUCGUACAAAGACUCAUGCAAGACCAGGGGAUGCCUGCAAAGGAACGUAUUGAGGGCCCUCCGCAACGGAAGUGCCCGAUUCUCUUACGACAGACAAGUUUCAAGGCGCUGGAGGAGACUGUGUAUUUCCGAGAUGCUUCGUCGGGCGUCUAUGUCAAGGGAUCUCACACGGCGAGGUUCGGAGAGGUCGAGCAACGCGGAUAUGCCUUGACGCGUCAGGGCCGGCAGCUGUAUGAUGAGAUUCUACAACGAGUUAAUAUUGAAUCAGCAGAGGCAAAGCCGUCUGCGGCUCAGUAUGAGGAGAUAUUGCAGAGACGGUUUUUGGAGUUUCCGGAUGAUCUGGACCAGUUGCAUUCCCAGGAGUUGGCGUACUUCUGUUAUAGGCUGGGAUCAUCAUCAGUCACCAACGGACAACAGAAACCCAAGACAAGCACAAAAUUGAGUGAACUGUUGAAAAAGGAUAUCCUUGAAUAUGAACCCAUUAUCUACGAAGACUUUCUACCGCUAUCUGCCGGAGGCAUCUUCAACUCGAACCUCGGAAAUGCAUCUCAGACAAAGCAACUAAUUCAAGAUGCAGGCUCGAAUUUGAAGGAAUUCCAACGGGCACUGGGUGAAUCCGUAAAGGAUGAGUUUUCCCUAUACGAGCAGAUGCAGCGAGAGAGCUUGGAGAUCUGUGGGAAGUUGCUGGAAAUUGAGAUUGAAUAUGAAUGA